AUGUUAGCGCUCAAUCACCGCCUCUCAUCCCGUACCCCCCGUCCUCACCCGCGCUGCGUCUCCAGCGCCCCAAGAGAGUUGUGGAAUCCUGACUCCAGCCCAGGCAUGGGCGGGGCGCGGUCACGUCGCCAGGGAGCGAUCGCCACUGAGAGCCCGGGCCGGAGGGGGCGGGGUGUCCUGGGCAUCAGGGAUUGGCGCGUCGGGAGCUAUCUCCCGUCGUGCACCGGGACGAACAGCAAAGCCUUCACUGCCAAGACCUCCUGCGUGAGGCGCCGCUACCGGGAGUUCGUGUGGCUGAGGAAGCAGCUACAGAGAAACGCUGGUUUGGUGCCUGUGCCUGAACUUCCUGGGAAGUCCACCUUUUUUGGCAGCUCAGAUGAGUUUAUUGAGAAGCGACGACAAGGUCUGCAGCACUUCCUGGAAAAGGUCCUGCAGAGUGUGGUCCUUCUGUCAGACAGCCAGUUGCACCUCUUCCUGCAAAGCCAGCUCACGGUGCCUGAGUAGAAGCCUGUGUCCAGGGUCGAAGCUUCCAUGACUGUGUCUGAUGCCCUUCUUCACUAUGCUAUGUCAAACUGUGGCUGGGCCCAAGAGAGGCAGAGCACAUCUCACCUGGCUAAAGGAGACCAGCCUAACAAUUGCUGCUUUCUUCCAAGAUCGGGGAGGAGGAGUUCUCCCUCACCACCUGCCUGUGAAGAGAAGGACCAUGUAGAAGUGUGGGUUCCUGUGGUUGACUCUGAGGAUCUGACCUCGGAAAGUCUCACUCUGCCAGCCCUCUCCUCACCACCAUGCUGUGAUUUUGCAGGGUCCGAUGAGGGAGCCUCCACUCCCCAGCCUGUGAGGAGGGUUGUGGCAAGGGACUGUUCUGUGCUUUUGGAGCCUGGGCAGAUAGACACAGUUUGGGAAAAGUGAAUUCUGCUCUGAGCUCUGGGUUAUACUUCAGGGCAGUUGGAGAAGAUGCAGGCCAGGAAAUGGUCAUUCAGGUGGGAUUGGGCACAGGGCAGGUGUGCAUUUUAUAGCCACUCCUGCUCAGGUUGGCUGCAGAGGUCAGUUUCUACCGUGUAGGUGUUUGUAAGUUGAGCACAAGGCCUAGAUGCUUUGGUUUUAAAUAGAACCCUGUAUUUACCCUCUUGGGAGUUGAGUUUCUUCACAUGUUUGUUUAUAGGCUCAGGAGCACUGUCUCAGGUGACUGAUUUUGGGGACCUGUAUAUGACAGAUUCUCAGCUGCAGCAGUAUUGAAUAUUGUCCCAACAGGAUGCUUCUGUUGGCCCAUCUUGGCCAGCUUCAGUUCUUGCUGUGGCCUCUGGAGCACUUUGUUUCUGGGGGUGCUGGCCUUUUGCUUCCCUCUGCACACAGACGGGCAGUGAAGACUUGCUCUCCAUCUCCUUGCUGCUCCUUCACUAACACCCUAAGCAGAACUGGUGCUGCAACUUCUGCUGCUGGGGUUUCUCGCAGAGCCAGAGACCCCUGGGACUGAGGAGGGCCUGAGAGCCACCUGCGGCUCAGGGCCUUUCAUGAGAGAGAAGUGGUUGGCGCUCACCAGAGGGAAAGGAACAGCUCAGGGGGCUUUGCUUUGGAAUAGGCAGUCCUGGGCUGCCUCUGUCCUCUGCUUCUAAAGCAGAGCUGUGGUUAUCUUUUUUGCAGAGUUAAAGUGGGCUCCUUUUCUAAACCUUUUCUUUAGUCACAGUGCCCUGCCCCCAGGGCUAUAUAGCCGCCACAGUGUCCCUCUGCUGUGUUUGCAGGGAGGCUGUAUGGUCAGUCCAGUGGGGCACAAGGCUUUGUUUCUGCCUGGAAGAGAGGGCCAUGGGGAUGAGGGUGAGGAACAAUGCGCCUUCCUUCAGACAAUGAGGCAUUCUGGCCUCCUGCUGCCGUGACUCCUCUCCACUGAGAGCCAGGGCUGGCAGAGCCGAAUGCAGCAGGCUCUCUGUGCUCUGCUCUUAGGUUUGUGUGCGUGGUUCUCCCCCAGCACUUGCCCACUCCUCCCUCUGCCUUCUCGCCUCGGGCCAUCCACCCUGCCUGUAGGCUCCUUUACUGUCAGCCUAUGUUAUGGGACUGUCACGGCAUUUAGUUCAGAGUUGAGGGGCUUUGGCCUGAAAUAAAAUGCAAGUAUUUAAGACUGUUGUUGCGAUUUGUGUCUAACAAGCUGUAGCAGAGGAGGGAGUGAGGGCUGGCAGUAGCUACUUUCAUAAAUCAUGAAUUUAUCAGCGUGGAAAUAAUGGUUCAGAACUGUGCACUGUGGCUCUCUGCAUUGUGUGUGCAGCACAGGUUCACCACUGGAGGAAGGGU